AUGAUAGUUGCCUUUGUUGAGUUCACGGAGCACCAACAUGCACUUGUAGCUCUGAGAGUUGUUAAUAAUAAUCCUGGAACUUUUGGCCCUGAACAUCGUCCGAUUGUAGAGUUUGCUGUUGAUAAUGUGAAGAAACUUAUGCACCGUAAAGAGAAGAUUCUUCAAGUCCAGCAGAAUGAUUCUCAUCAUAAAACAGAUAAUUCAUGGCAAAACGGUCCUGCUAACUCUAGAGGGGAUGCGUCAUCAAUUUCUGUAAGUGAGAACAGUGAAGUGAAAACAGGUGCCAAGGGAGCAAUUGCUGAAACAGCCAGACCUAAAAAGAAGCAGAAAACAAAGAAAAUGUUGAUAAGCUCAAAACAGGAGCUAAUAGAGAAGUUUGCUGACAUUGGAUCUCAACCAACUAAAAGUGCCUCAAGCAAUGCCCCUAUCAAAGAUGGGGCUAUGAGAUCAAAAGCAAGAUCGGAAGAUGAGACCACCCAAGAGAUACAAAGAAACAGUUUGAAGAGAGCAAAAAAGGGUAAAAAGAACAAAGACCCUUUGGGACGCGAUGUGGUAGACAAACUUGAUGUGCUUAUUGAACAAUACAGGUCUAAAUUCUCAAAGGCUAGUUCUGACCAAACUGAUGGUAACAAACAUGGUUCUAAACGGCUCAGGAGGUGGUUCCAAUCAUAAUUGUCUUUUUAAGUUCCUGUUGUUCGGUUUUUUCUACUUGAAGCUUUCUUUUGUAUUUAUGGCAGUUACAAAUGCUGUCAACGGUCACAACACAAUGGCGGUUUUUGGGUAGU